AUGGCUGUGCUUUCUAGCAGUCCUGUUCUUCCAACUUCUUUACAAUCUUGGAACAAAAUCAUAAAGAAGCAAGUGCUUGAGGGGUGUCACGAGAAAGCUAUUCUAAGUUUCAUACAUAUGCAAGAACUUGGUCAUUUUGCUGAUAAUUUUACAUAUCCCAUUUUGCUGAAAGCAGCUGCAAAUCUUUCGCUGGACAAACUCGGAUUAGCCCUUCAUGGUCAGAUAAUAAAAAAUGUUUUCUGUAAUCAUUCUUUUGUUCAAACUGCAUUGGUAAAUCUGUACUCAAGUUUUGGAUGCAGCAAGGAUGCCUAUAGGGUUUUUCAGCAGAUUACCGCAAAAGACAUCGUUGUUUGGAACUCAAUGUUAGAUGCAUAUGCUGCUGCAGGUCAGAUGGAGGAUGCAACGAGUAUCUUUGGUUCAAUGCCUUGUAAGGACCUUUUCUCCUACAACACAAUGGUGUCUGGAUAUGCUAGAAGUGGGAACAUGAUAUUGGCUGAAAAUAUUUUCAACAUAAUUCAAAGAAGAGACACAAUUUCGUGGAACUCAAUGAUUUUAGCUUGUUGUAAUGCUGGAGAAAUGGAGAGAGCAAGGAAAUUUUUCAAUCAAAUGCCCUGGAGAAAUAUCAUCACAUGGAACACAAUGCUUGCUGGCUAUUUAGGCAGGAAUUGCUUUGAUUCUGCGAUUGCUCUGUUUGAGGAAAUGAAGGAAAAGGAAUAUAAUCCUGAUUACUUAACAAUUACCAAUGUAUUAUCUGCCUGUGCCAGCUUGGGAUUGCUCGAAAAAGGUGAAGAAGUGCACAUUUUUGCACUAGAGAAGGGACUAACAUCAAGUGCACACGUAACAACUGCUUUGAUAGAAAUGUAUGCUAAAUGUGGAAGGAUUCUGAGUUCUUUACAGGUUUUCUACAAGUCCCAAGUCAUGGAUAUCUAUGGUUGGAACGCAAUGAUUUCAGGGCUUGCUCUUCAUGGUCAAGCACUUGCUGCUUUUAAACUCUUUGAUGAUAUGAAAGGGAAAGAUUUAAGGCCUGAUGACAUAACCUUCAUUGGCUUGCUUAGUGCAUGUAGUCAUUCAGGAUUAGUGCACAAGGGUCUUGAGCUUUUCAGUUCUAUGGAGAAGAAAUAUGUAGUAAAUCCAAAGUUGGAACACUAUGGAUGCAUUGUUGAUCUUCUGGGAAGAGCUGGAUUUCUAUGUCAUGCAUUUCAACUGAUUGAGUCGAUGCCGUUCGAACCGGGAAAAUCCAUUGUAGGUGCUUUGCUUGGUGCUUGUGUGAUUUAUAGGGAUACUGAAAUUGGAGAGAAAGUGGUGAAAUUGUUGUUGAAAAGAAAUGGAAGUUUAACUGAUGGGGAGUAUAUGAUGGUGGCUAACUUGUAUGCUUCUUGCAAGAAUCUGGAAGAGGCUAACAGAUGGAUGAAUAUGAUGAAUGCUUCUGGUAUUACCAAGACUGCUGGAUGUAGUAUCAUUCAGGUCAAUGGGGAAAUGUAUAGAUUUGUAGCUGGGGAUAAAAGCAACUUGAUCAAUAGUAAUGCUAUCUAA